UUCAAUAAAGCCACAACCAAAGCAUAAAAGGCACAGGUCCAGAGACCUUGGCCUCUUUGUGCCAUCAUAUAUCUCAGUCCUCUUUCCAACUCUUUCUGAGACUUUUCAAUGGCCUCAAAUAAUGUAACUUUGGCCUUGAUGUUGUUGAUCAUCCUGGUUGGGUUUGGAAGCUCAAACUUGGACCAAGACAGAGCAGAAUGUGCAGACCAGCUAGUCGGGCUCGCCACAUGCCUCCCUUACGUUGGUGGCGAGGCAAAAGCUCCCACUCUAGACUGCUGCACUGGCCUCAAGCAAGUCCUACAGAAGAGCAGGAAAUGCCUGUGUAUAUUGAUCAAAGACAGAGAUGAUCCCAAUCUUGGCCUCCAGAUCAACGCAACUCUUGCUUUAGGCCUCCCUAGUGCCUGCCAUGCACCUCUCAACACUACUGAGUGUGUUUCUCUUUUGCAUCUGGCACCUAAUUCCACCGAUGCUAAAGUAUUCGAGGGAUUCUCAAACAGCACCAAAGGGACUAGUGCUACUCCGGUUGCCAGUGUUAAAGGGAAUUCCACUGGCAGUGGGUCAAUUGCUGAAGAGAAAAGUGAUGGUGGGGUGAGAAAGAGAUGGUUGGGAGCAGAGAUGGUCUGUGGGAUUUUACUAUGGUUUUUCACAUCAGAACUACCUUUCUAUGUUUGAUAAAAAUUGUAUGCCCCCACUAUUUUGGUCAUUAUUGUACCUUAUUUUAUCAAAAUUAUGUUAUACUAAA